AUGUCAUCAGAUAAUUCAACAGAACAGUUGAAUGAAACUUCAGAUAGUAUGGAUGAGAAAACUAUGUCCAGUGUAGUCCAUGAAACUUCUCCUUAUGAAAGUUCAUCUUAUGAGGGUCAUACUCUACCAAUAUUGAAGAAAAUUCUUGACCUAAGUACCAAAGCUCAGGAUUUGAAGAAAGAGCAUGUUUCCCUUCGUAAUCAAGUGAAACUCACAUUUGAGUCUUUUGCUGAUCUAGGUGUUUUAAAGUCUAUUCAGCUUCUAGGUGCUGAAUAUGAACUUUUGAAAAGAAAGUACAUAGAUGAGUCAUUUGAGCGUAGGCGGCUUAACAAUGAAGUGAUUGAACUCAAGGGUAAUAUAAGAGUUUUCUGUAGAUGUCGACCAUUAAAUGAAAACGAAAUUGCUAAUGGAUCAGCAUCCGUUGUCAAGUUUGAGUCAACUGCUGAAGAAGAGCUUCAAGUUAUAUGCUCCGAUUCUUCUAAAAAACAAUUUAAAUUUGACUAUGUAUUCAAACCCGAAGAUAGUCAAGAUGCUGUUUUUGCACAAACAAAGCCUAUCGUUGGAUCAGUAUUAGAUGGGUUCAAUGUGUGCAUUUUUGCAUAUGGGCAAACUGGUACGGGUAAGACCUUUACCAUGGAGGGAACACCAGAUAAUCGGGGAGUUAACUAUAGAACCCUCGAGGAAUUGUUUCGGAUUUCUGAAGAGAGACAAGGCACAAUAAAAUAUGAAUUGCUUGUUAGUAUGUUGGAGGUUUACAAUGAAAAGAUCAAAGAUCUCUUGGCUGGAAAUUCUUCUGAAACCACUAAGAAGUUGGAGGUAAAGCAAGCUGCAGAUGGAAGCCAAGAAGUACCAGGACUUGUUGAAACUCGUGUUUAUGGAGCAGAUGGUGUUUGGGAAAUUUUGAGGUCUGGAAACAGAGUCAGAUCAGUUGGUUCAACAAGUGCUAAUGAGCUUAGCAGUCGUUCUCAUUGUUUGGUGCGGGUAACCGUUGUAGGGGAGAACUUAAUCAAUGGUCAGAGAACAAAAAGUCAUCUUUGGCUAGUAGACUUGGCUGGCAGUGAGCGCGUGGGGAAAACUGAAGCUGAAGGAGAAAGGUUGAAGGAAUCUCAGUUCAUAAAUAAAUCUUUAUCCGCACUCGGCGAUGUUAUUGCAGCCCUUGCCUCCAAAUCAGGCCACAUACCUUACAGGAACUCGAAGCUCACUCAUAUACUUCAGAGCUCGUUAGGAGGUGAUUGCAAAACUCUUAUGUUUGUCCAAAUAAGUCCUAGUUCAGUAGACUUAACAGAGACGCUUUGUUCACUGAAUUUUGCCACACGUGUUCGAGGAAUUGAGAGUGGCCCAGCCCGCAAGCAAGUAGACCUCACUGAAAUCUUGAAGUACAAGCAAAUGGCUGAAAAGUCCAAACACGAUGAGAAGGAGUUUAGGAAAUUACAAGAUAACUUGGAAACCACUCAAAUGAAACUAGCCACACGAGAAAUCAUGUGCCGACAUUUUCAAGACAAGGUUCGAAAUCUAGAGAACCAGAUUGCAGAGGAGAGAAAAACCAGAUUAAAGCAAGAAGGUCGGUCAAUUGCUGCUGAGAAAACAAUAAAGAGGACAUCACUGAUUCCUUUGGAAAGACCCCCACUGAGAGCAAUUAAUAAUUCCUUGCCUCCACGACCAACAUCUGAGAGAAGGCCCUUCUCAUGCAGCUCUUCCUUGCAAGGAAAGGAAAAUAUUGCCAAAACGACAUCAAUGGCGCCAAGAAGGGUCUCUAUUGCUGCGAAACCACCAGCUCACCAGCUUCAGACUAAGAGGCGAGUUACCCUGGCAACAAUGCAUCCUGAAACAAAUUCACCCCAUGCCUCUACUUCUCAAUUCACCAGUGAAAGCAACAAUCACCGGCCAAUGAUAAGGAACCAAAGGAAAGCUCGGUAUUCGAGCUUAUUCACCCCACUGACAACAUCAACAAUCGAGACAACACCAAAUUUGAAUGAGGGUAGCAGUAGUAGAUUUGCUGGCAGUCCAACACAAACAGCCGAUUCGCGGAUGAUGGCUAGGAAUCCAACUGCAAUUGCAUUGCAACGCAAAUCCAUAGUAUGGAGUCCUCUCAAGCGUAGAGGCAUGGAAAGUAGCAGAAAAUCAUCACUCGCGCCAUCUUGGCGGCCUUCCACCACACGUAUGCAAUGA